AUGGUUCUCUGCAAGUACGCCGAGCGGGUCUACUAUUUCAUCGAGGAGACUCGCAAGGCCGUGGACCCGCCAAAACGCAACUGGCGCCGCGUGCGGGACACCCUGCUGACGGUCGGAUCGUUCGGUCUGAAUAUCGCCUCCGUGCUCGUCACAGGGGCCACUCUCACGGUCGGUGGGUGGCUCGCUUUCCUGUGGACCGAGUUCAAGCUGGCGGAUAAACGGGUGUACACCAUGGGAGGGGUGACCACAGCGGCGAUUGCCACGGCGCUCGCCGUGACGACACCCGGGCAAGCCAGGAGGCUCCAAGGAAUUUUCUUUGUGUUCAACUUGGGUGUCGUGGUGUGCAUGCUAUGCGUGCCUGUCAACUAUGCCGCUAAUGCCGUCAGUGCUUUGUCUCUCGUUAAGGGCUUGCUGGGCAGGAAAGGUUGGGGCUUCUUCUUGAAAGGCGAAUUCUUCAAGAGGAUGGGCGCCGCAUUCAUGAACACGUCCACGAGCUGCUGA